AUGGACACAAUCAUACUCAACAGCAAUAUGACAAAUCAAUUUACUUUGGGCCAUUUCGACAGAAAUCUUCUGGAAACCUAUGAGGAGAUAUCAAGUGAACAAAAUGAUAUCGAUAUCUUCGCCAAUCUAACUUUUCGCUUUACUUGCAAGGAUAUGCCAUCCGGUUUUUAUGCCGAUAUAGAUUACAAUUGCAGGAUAUUUCACGUUUGUGAAAAUUCCGGUGAUGGAUUCCCAGUGAUCUGCGCUAACGAUACGGUGUUUGAUCAGAAACAGCGGAUAUGCACGGACGAGGAAAAUAUCGAUUGUCAUCACGCUCACGAAUGGUAUUACUUGAAUGAAUUAAUUUAUUCUGCGGAAAUCGAACCGAGGACGAUCACAGAAGAAAUUCCAGAGGAAGAAGAAUCGAAAGUGGUUCAAGAAGAUGUAGUACCUUCCAUUUGGCCGUUCGUGAUUGACUAA